AAGACGAGAAUCGAGACGAGAAUCGAGACGAGAAAAUGGAACCUUCCAAUUCGGGCCAGUACGGGCAUGAUUCGCAGCUUGUGGGGGCGUGUGUCGGGCGCAUAGACAGCACGUGCCGACACAGGGCAUCUCGUGGUCGUCAUCCUCCCAGUUCGUUCACAAAUCCGCCUCCCCCACUUGCAGCUGCUUAUAACGAACAAGGCCUCAGAUUCCUGCGCUUGGGCUUCGACUCUGCGGAUUAGCAGCCUCUCUCACUCGUCUCACUCGUCCCUGUCCCGAAUGCGUUUGAUCCAUGCAAACCUUCGGGCUGGAAUAUCAACUGGUCUUCACAGACCUGCUGCUGCUGCUUCUGCUGCAGCAAUUUCCAUCAGUUGACGUUCAUACAACUGAGGACUACAACUUCUUCAAGUGGAGUGUUGGAAUUGCUGCUGCUGCUGCCUCGAGCGUGCUCCAUCACUGACUGACUGCCCAGCCGACGUUCGAUUCACAGAAAAGCGGUAUUCUGGGCUUCAUUGCUACUUCGGACUGGGUUCACCGUUCUUCUCGUUUGGACAAGCCAUCAGGGAGCUUCUUCCAGAUGGCAUCGAGGGCGGACUCGGUGAAGGAUCUACUGUGUUCGCAAUCGGUGUCUGCCUGAGGUGAAAAGAAACAACGUUACAAGUGCGCAGAUUGUGACUUGGAUUGCUUCCUUACAAUUCAUUAAACGGAGAGCAUCAGAUGGCGAGCAAGAAUAUCGUCACGAAGUUCCUAUAUUCUGCAGAGAAAUUCUCAAAUGGAAAUGAGACAGUCAGCUAUAUCUUGGAAACGUAUGCAAUGUACAGAAUUCUGAACGGACUUUUGAUUAUUCUCAUGGACCAGGGAGCUCUGACUUUGGAAUAGAGCGAGUUCUGUUAUGUCCGGAAUAUGGAAGGGAACAAGACGACUUUCAUUGAAGUUUCUCAGAAUUUUAUAUAAAUCUCAGAAUAUGUCAGAUACAUGAAACUGUUGCUGCGGUGGGACAGCGAUCGAGUUUAGAGAACAACGAGGAUUAAAAGUGCAGGAAGAAUUGUGUAAAAAAAUCUCUGGCAACCGUCCCCUGUGAUCACCUGGACUCGUGAUAAUGUUUGUUCAAUGGCGACCGGAAAGUUGAUCUGCCCUGAUUGUGUUGGCACCUCGCUAGCUUAACGUGGACCGAGACAGAAAGUGCAUGUGCGGAGCUGACUAAAGACACGCAGCGAUAGCAUCACACAAUCAAUGUCCAGGAAGCGGUCGUUUCCUUGAUCUGUGCAAGGUGCACCCCUCCUGAAUUCCACCGGACUAAUUGUGCACACCUGCCGAGAGGUUAAGCUCGAUCGAAACCUCAAACCUCGGGUGACAACAAAGACAUAAAUACCGCCUGUCAUGCCAUAUCCGGCAUCAUCACACCUUCACGGAACAUCUCGCUUAGCAGAGGAAGCUAAGCCGUCGCCUGUUGAUGCUGAUAGACAGACCAAUCUUAUAAGUCUCUCUCGAUCCACGACCCUUACUUUUGACAAAUGCCAAUCCAAAUAGUAGAGACAGAAUUCGCUCAAAGCAGGCGAUGGGUUUGAGAAACUGAAAAUCGAAGAAGGUGUUAACUGAUCCAUCCGGACGCAGAGAGGAAACUUUCUAGGUGAAAUUUCCAAAUUCGGUCGGGGGCAGCAAUGGCAGGGGCCGAGAUAACCAUCCCACCGGUGGUUGACGAGGACGAGAAGCGACUAAAUGAGUUGGGGUACAAGCAGGAGUACCGUCGUGUUAUGACCCCGUUCGAGCAGUGGGCGUACACAUUCUCCUACACUGCCCCAUUGGGCUUCGUGACAGGUUACUACGGCUUCAUGUAUUCCUACGGAGGGCCAGUGACAAUAAUCUGGGGUUUUAUAGCAACCGCCAUAGGUACAUUGUGCAUGGCCUUCGCCAUGGCUGAAGUUUGCUCUGCUUUCCCGACACUCGGAAGCGUUUACUACUGGGUGGCACGGCUGGUGCCCCAGCAGCAUGCCCCUUGGCUGUCAUGGUUCGUUGGAUGGUUGUACUUGGUGGGUUCCUUCUGCGGAACUGCUUUGAAUGAGUACCUUCUCGCACAGCUGAUCUCGACGAUGAUUCUGCUGGGGACUGGCAAGCAGUUAUCAAGUACUCAGAUUGUGGCAGUCACGGCAGGAGUUUUCUUCAUCCAUUUUUGGGUAUCAAUAGUAAACACCAGGUGGCUGGGCCGGUUGAGUGCAGCCGGAGCCUGGUUCCAAAUAAUGUCGAUUUUAGGAAUCGUCAUAACCCUGUUGGCUGUUGCACCCAAGUAUCAACACCCCAAGUUCGUGUUCACUCAGUUCGUAAACGCUCCAGGACAAGGAGUGAAGAGCAAAGCUCUGGUAGUGCUGCUGGGCCUGCCUUACUUCCAGUCCAUUCUCACAGGCUUUGAGGUCGGAUCACAUGUCGUGGAGGAGGUUAAAACUGCAGCCACAUCCGGUCCUCGCGCUAUGAUCCGCACCGUCUACGUGACAGCCUCUGUUGAAAUUGUGCUCCUGCUCGUACUCACCUUCUGCAUCCAAAUUCCUGACAAUGUACUCGGCGACAAUACAGCCACAGGAGGGGGAGACUCUUCUGCUGCCAGUCAGAUUUACUACGACGUCUUCCAUGCCAGGUACGGUCAUGGCGUGGCGGGGUCCAUCGUAUUCACCGGGCUCGCUGUUGUGUCCCUCUUCUUCGGCAACAUCACAAAUGUGACCCUCACUGCCAGAAUGGCCUAUGCGAUGGCGAGAGAUCAGGGCCUGCCCUUCCAUCGUCAUCUAAUUCGGCUUUCGAAGAAGGAGAAGAUUCCAGUGCUGGCGACAGUGGUGGCAGUGGUAGGAUCGUUCAUCUGUACUCUGCCGGCUCUGGGGAGCAGUGUCGCCUUCACCGCCAUCACUGCCAUGUCCACCAUCACCGCAUACGGCCCUUACACUGUGGUGCUCAUCGUCAGGCACCUGUACAACGACCAGUUCGAGAGGGGACCCUUCUAUCUGGGCAAGUAUGGCAUCUUCGUCGGCAGCUGGGGCGCAUUCUGGGGGGCCUGCAUGUGCGUCUUCUUCUGCUUCCCUCCGACUUAUCCCGUCACCGCCACCACCUUGAACUACGCGCCGGUGAGCGUGGCGGGCUGCAUCGCCAUCGGAUUGAUAUACUGGUUCACCUCAGGUCGUACAUCGUUCCAUGGCCCCUCGAGAUCGAAGGAGCUUCACAAUGAAGCGAAAUUGUCGACUCUUCCGAUGGUCGCUCACCCCGGUUCCAGCAAUCGGGCCGGCGGCCGCCAUAUCAUAUAGAUCUAGAAUUGAGUUUUGCUUGCUUUCCAAUGGCCACAGGUCAUUGUAAGUAUUACUUUUUGUAAGUAUUGUGCGCAUCUACGAUUCCAAUACUUUAUAUCGACUGCAAGAGUUCGUGGUCAGGGAUUCUCGAUCCGUGAGCAGAUCGCAAUCGGUUCGGCAGACUCGUGGCUCGAAUUCCGAAAGCUUCAUAGUAGCAUUUACCCCCGGGAGAUUCAUAAUAGCAAUGUCGAAAGCUUCACAGUAGCAAUCAAUCACCACGAGAUUCAUAAUAGCAAUGUCGAUGUUCAAGAUUAAAGAGGCAAAUUUAUGCUGCCACGUCCUACCUAAAGAAGGAAUUCAAAUGCGGAAAUGAGCCUUGUCUCUGGCUGGAGUUAUACUAUCUGCCACUUCAUAUCUUGGAUGAAGGCCAAAUCAUCGUGCACUUGUGACCGAUAACACAUUCAAUUCAGUCACAUGAUUUCCAGAAUAUCCCACGGAUAUUCCUUCCAGGAUGGUUUCCCAGACUACGGCAGUAGUAUUCACCU